AUCAUGUGACCCUCUGCUGGUCUUUGUUUCAUUUUGGUUGAAUCGCUGGCCCAGACCUGCUGAACAAUUAGGCUAAAACUCUGUCACAUUAGCCUCCGUGAAACAGCCUGAAAAGAUUCCAAUCUUAAGUCCAAGAAGUGAUUCAUAAGAGCCUAAUCCUGUUGAUGGAAACAGAAUCCCACCCGUGUCAAAACGGCCCACCGCCCCAGGUGCAGGAGCUACACAAGCCCGGGCCUGUCCCGCUUUUAUCAUCGCUGAUGAAUGUGAAGGACCCUCUUGGGCACACAGAGGUUUGGCUAAUUAGAGGGUCUGUUUUCUCAUAAAUAUCUAUAGUGAUGAAAAUGAGGCCUCAGAAAGUCGCAGGAGCAGCCUGUGAAAGUGUGGGAUGCAAAUCCUGACCCCGCAAACACAAACCUGACAGAUGUGAGUCAUUCAAAUUGUAAUUCAUCAUCCAAUUUGUGUUUUAUCGCUCCUUGAUCUCACUGGAGUCUGUUGAAAAAAAACUUUGUGUUGCGCUUGUUUCAAUGGACUGAAGAGUCUGUUGAAGCAUUUGGAAAUUAAAAUUCCUGUCACACUUUUUUAGCUCUGUUUUUAUUACAUCACACAUUUUUCAGAAAUGAAUACUGGAUUAUAUUUUAUUUAUUGAUAUUUUAUUAUUUUAAUUCACAACAUAAUAGACAGCGCAUUCAUUUGCUGUCGUCACUUAAACACAGGACUCAUUACCAAAAUAUUUCUAAUUCAAUGAGAGAUGUUUCAGAUGGAGAGGUUUGUGUUCCUGAUAAAGUGCUGUCAUGGCAACAAAAACUAUUUAGACAAAAUAGUGUCCAUUCUUACAAGGGGUAAAACAUUGAUGCAAAUUAAGCAGCAGCUUUUUAAAACAAGAAACGCACGACACAACCGUGCCACAGCUUUGUUUUUUCCAAUGAUUCAUCAAAAUAAAUACUCAAAACCUUUCAACUUUUGAUGUGUGUGUGUGUGCCUUAUCUAGCUAUAAUGGUGGGGACCAAUUCUUGGGAACACACCACACAAGUUUAAGCCUCAAUUUGAUGAUUAACCGAAAUAACCGGGUCAUACUUGAGUUUAUGUUUGGUUCAUUUUGAAAUGUUGUGUUUAUAUUUGCCUUUUAAAAUCCUAAUUUUGUAGAUAAGUCUAUCGGUCAAUUCAAUUUAUAGAACCUGAUGCUCCAUAUGAACUGGCCAUCUAAGUCUUGAGCGGUUGAGGCAUUUAGUCUAGUUUUAAAGAUGAAAACCUAAUCUUACACUGAUGGUGCUCCUGUAGUAGCCAACCCAAACUCCAAUGUUGGAUAAAGUAAAUGAACUAGAGUAAUGUGUAUGGUGCGAAAGGUUCUUGUCCAAUGAAAGGACGAUCAAUAGUCUGAUGCUUCACAGCAAUUACGGCACAUUUGGCGUCAGUUAAUGGCAGUUUAACAGUGGGUAAUGAGAUCAUGGCUGAUUCCUUAUCUUCCUUAUCUUUUAGUGUUAGUGACAUCAUGGCAGCCUUAAUCACAUUGUCUUCUGUGAUAGCUGUAAACAAAGGCUCAAGCCCAACACAGAUUAGUCACUCCGACUGGUUGCAGGCUCUCACAUCUGUGCUGCUGAGGAGAGGGAACACCCUGAACCACACUCAAAUGACAUGCCUGUCAAAGUGACGCCUUUUCUUUCUGCGAUUUUACACAUCAACUCUCUGUUUUCUCCUCUUGCUCAUACUCUUGUCAUGACUAUCAAUGCAUAUGACAUCACCACUAAAAUGUCUUCAGCUGACCCACAUUCACGACUGCCUGACUGAGAGCAGCAGAUGUCUGCCGUGGUUUUUCCUCUCCGCUCAGCAAUGAAACAACACAAUAUUUGAGCGUAAAAUCCUCCUCGGGAGAGUCUGCCAGUGACGGCUUCUAUUUAAAGUUCAGAAAUAUUAUUCCUGUGUCGGAGAUGGCAGCUCUGAGAACACCGCGGGUACUACGUGAUCAGGAGCGACGCUCUAUAUUUGUAAGAUCAUGCGGCUUGUCAUGCUGCAUGCUCAUGCUCCAGAAUCCUCACUGCUGCCAUGAAACAGACUUCAGAUGCACAGAUCUUCACCUGCUGUCGAGUCACAGCGAAGCAGAGCAGGUUGUCUUGAACCCUUCAUAUCAACAUGGAGGACUUUGAGUUCAGUGUGGAAAUCUCUGACUGCGACUGGGAAUGCUUCUUCAACGAGUGUGAGGAGUGCAACCUGCUGUCUCCGGCACUAGCUGGAGUAGAUGACUCUGGGUUGAGUGACAUUAGCUCUGGAUCACGGCGGUCAAAAGGACCUCGCCCAGCUGAGUGUGCCUAUGGCCUGGAUCCUACAGCAGCUGCCACGCCACUGGACGACAGUAUGGCUACAAUUCACCACGGCAGUCGAUUGAGCAUCUUGUCUGACAGUGAGGAGGACAUCCACCUCCGGUCUGUUAACAUGUUCUUUGAGAGGAUGGCUGGAGGAAUGCAAUCUAAGGUAAACCCAGAGGAGGAGCAGACGAGUGGUUCAAAACAAAAAAUCACCAUACAAGGAUUGCCAGUUCCUGGGAAUAAUUCUGCUGCUCAUUCCGGGAUCUUACCUCUGCCAGUGGGCCAGACAACUGCACAGUGGGAUAUGACACCUCAACUGAAAGGUGCCCAUCAAGAGAAUGCUUUGACUGACACAUGUAACCCAGACUCACAGAGCAGUCAUGAAAUGAUAGUUCAAGUUAAGAGAAGGGAUGAUGUGAGCUCGGAGGAGAGCCAAAUCAAAGCUCAAGAUUGGUCUCCGUCUGCGUCAUUUAAACGCAAGAGAAGGAAAAAGCGGCGACUAAACUUUGAGCCAGAUGAUAGGAAAGUUUUUUUCAAGCGAAGCGACUCGGAAGAGGAGCAGUAUACAUUUAGACCAGAAGCAAAGCUUCUCCCUGCCCCAAUAACCCCACAGCCUGGGUCACUGAAUAUUUGUCAUCAUCCUGCUCUGUGUGGAAAUAAAGAUUUACAUGAUUUUAAGUCACCACGCCAUCACACAAACGUGCACCCAACUAAAACUCUGGAUUCUGCAGCUGCCUAUUUAACAGAAAAUAUUGACGGGAAGAGUUGUCCAGAGUAUGAAACUGUGGACACAUCGACUUCAGCCCCCAGCGUUUUGGCGACUACUCCCACCCACGUCCCCUUUCUGGAUAUAGGCCAAAAUGACAACCUAUCCUCUGGAAAGUCAGUUGUGGCUGUAAAGGUCGCGAAUGCUGGCAACCAGCAACUCACACUGUGUGACAUAGACUCUGAGCAACUUGAGCCAGACGGUCACAACAAAGACCAAGAUAGCCCUCCAGUUAGAAAGGCCACCCCCUUGUUAGAGGAAGGACUGAUAUUAGAUGUUAAUCUUUCAGCAACGACUCGAGAGACUGUAUGCAAAUGCAAUGUUUUGUCAGAAAUACGUGAGUUGAUUGAACCAAAGGAAACUCGCAGUCAAAGUUCCUCUCCACCUGCUGUUGUUAAUAUAACCAACGAUAAUCCCAUACCUGAUGAUGUGGAAACAUCUUCCUUAGCUGUUUUAUGCUGUUACACUGAAGGACUUCAAACUGAACACUCAGUGUUUGAUGCAAACAAUCCACAUGUGUCGUUGAGUUCGCCCACCACCGUCUGCCACGUUGAUUCAAUGAGGCCAGGAAGUUGUAAAAUGGAAGGAGAGAGUGUGUCUGUCCCUCAACUUCAGGAGUCUGUAAUCGGUGGACUGAACAAUGAGGAAGGAGACUCUAAAUAUAACUGUGACUCUAAAGAUUCAAAACCCACUGUGUUUGCCAUGUCGUCGUUCUGGAGGGAAAUGGAGAAGCUGACAAUAAAUGAUAUUCUUGGUUUACGUAUGGUCAACAGAGGAGCUCAACAUGAUCAUCCUGAACAUGAAGGAAGUGAAUCCGAGCUCUUUGUUGAACAGGAUGGAUUCAAGUCUCCAGCUCAAGAUUAUGACCUACAAGAAGUCGAAUCUCACCCCAUCAAGAGUGUAACAUGGGAAGACGAACCCAUCACAAUGAGUCUUGGGAAUGGUCUUUACUGUCCAAGCAGUGCCAUAGAGGACGUCUUUGACCCAGUAGUUUCAGAAAGUUCUCAUAACUGCUCGAAAAAAAUGUCCAAAGCUGUGAGUGUGCAAAAUCUCCCUGCCCUGGAGUCUCUGAGUGAUCCACAUAAGAAAGGGCAUUUACACGGCACACAGGAAGAAGUGAGGGGGGGAGUCCAAUCUAACCAAGAUGACGCUAUUAAAGGGAUAACUUCAUCCAGUGUAGAGAGCUAUAAGGUCUCUCUGACCAGCAUCUUACAGUAUUUCUUUGGUAAAAAGCCGCCCAUCUCCAGCCAGGCUGUGGUGGAAACCACCAACUUCACUGCAGCAACAUCUCUCGCUGAGUCGUAUGAUCUUUUCUUCUCUGAGUUUGAUACUGAACAUUUCUUCUUUCCACUGAUGAAAUCGGAUGACACUCGGAUGGUUCCCAUCUACUCCCGUUCCCGCCCCUCCACCAUGCAGUUCCCGGAAGUGUACGAGAGUCUCUUUGCCUCAUCUUCCUCUGAUGACUCCUCCAGUGAGGAGGAGGACGAGUCCAUCCGUCAACCGUUCAGGGUGAUUACCAGAUGGAGUCACCAGCCUUCCCAGACCUCCACGGACAUUUAUGAUCAUUUUUUCUCAGACGGCGACGUCAGACAGAAUUUCUUCUGGGGGUCUGGACUUUCAUUCAGGAAUCUGAGAUGGAGAGGCUCCACAGCUGAGAAGCAGCUAAGCUUGUCCAGUAUAACCAUGAGCGGCAGAUCCAGGAAACGGAUGAGUUUCCCUCCUAAUAUUUUAGGAAAUGGACAUGUUGUUCAUCCUGAUCCACUCCUCCUUCACUUGGAGGACAGAAUCAAUAGUCAGCUCAUGAAACCAUUCAGACAUGAGAAGCUACUGCCUUCAAAUCCAAGGCUGGAUGCUCCACUGCUGCCUCUGAGACAGUCAGAUAUGUGUCUGAUCUGUAUUGCUUUUGCAUCCUGGGUGCUUAAAACUGCAAACCCACAAGUGGGUGACACGUGGAAGGCUGUUCUCCUGGCAAACAUAAGUGCCCUGUCAGCCAUCAGAUACCUGAGAAAGUACAUGAAGGUGGAGACAAGGGACACCAACAAGAUGUUACAUGUCACAGAAUCAUCUGAGUCUAUCAGCCUGUGACACCUUUCAGUUUUAUUUUUGUUACUUAUAAAAGUGGUUUAUGCAUACUCUACAUAUUUGUUUUUAUCCUGAAAUACAGAUUUUUGAUAAUGAAGCACUUCAGAUGUUGACCACAAGAGGGCGGCGUUAGCCCAUAUAUGAAACAAACCUGGAGCAACAGCGCAGUCUUUUUUUUGAGUGCUUCGAAGGUCUUGGUGAUUCUGUUAAAGGAAGAUUGGAAGAAUGUUUGAUGAGGUGAUGUAAUACUGAUAAAUAUGAUUUUUCCAAUGACCAAAUGAGGCCGAACAAAGUUGGAACAAGGAGGAUGUUCAGCUGCAGAACAAUUAUUUAACUGUGUUAUCUGGUAUAAUAACCAGGUGAUAACAUAUGUCAUAUGUGGAAAUUGGAAUCUAUGUCAUGAGGUGAAAAUGUUUUUGCUUUUGUUUUCUCCAUUAUGAAUAAAAGCUUUUAGAAUAAUGUAUUCUGAAGACCCAAAUGCAUUUAGAUUCGAUGAUUUGUGUGAAAUUCAUUCCUUAGAAUAUAGAAUAGAAAUAUCUUAACAUGACACUCACGCGCGUUGCAUACAUUCACAUUUUGCUGGUGGAAUGUUUCGUUACAUGGAGCUUAUAAAUGUAAUAAAUUUGUUAUUGUGAAAUUGCAAAGUAGCAUUGGAAACUCCUGGCUGCUCUCAUGGCAUCAUUGAGGCUGACUGGUCUUAGAUUACAUUCCAAGGGGGUUUCAAAUAUUGUAAGUGGAUAUUAUGGUGAAUGCUUUUAUUGAUAUAACUAGAUUUGAGGAAGCUGCUUAGUCGGGGUGCAUUUUGUUUGCCACAUUCUGUACAACUUGUUGAGACCCAAAAAAAAUG